AUUAAAGUUCUCAGCGGGAGGCAGGAAAUCUCCGAGUGAAGUCAUUGCAAGUAAUUUAUUAUCACCAACACCCAAUAUCAACCCUUUGACACGGUAUACGAAAGGUCUCGCUUUAUUAUUCACCAAUUCCACGGCCAUUCUCUAAUUUCCCCACCGGCUUCCCCCCCGCCCCGACCCCACCAUGGUCCGCCACAAGAAAGACAACUUCUCGUCGCGGGGCAAACAUGCCCACCGCGGACCGCCCCGAAACGCCCGACAAAUCGAGGCCGAGAACAACGGCAGCGCCGAAACCCCCGACAGCAACAACCGCACCGGCGGCUCCCGCCCCGCCUUCAAAGCCGCGUGCUGGGACCUGGGACACUGCGACCCGAAGCGAUGCUCGGGCAAGCGGCUGAUGCGGCUGGGGCUGAUGCGGGAGCUGCACCUGGGGCAGCGGCACGCCGGGGUGAUCAUCACGCCCAACGGCAAGCAGACGCUGUCGCCGGCGGACGCGCCCCUCUUGGACCAGCACGGCGCCGCCGUGGUCGAGUGCUCGUGGGCGCGCACCAAGGAGGUGCAGUGGGGCAAGGUCGGCGGCAAGUGCGAGCGCCUCCUGCCCUACCUCGUCGCCGCCAACACGGUCAACUACGGCAAGCCCUGGCGCCUCAACUGUGUUGAGGCUCUGGCUGCCGCUUUUGCCAUCUGUGGCCACCUCGACUGGGCCGCCCAGGUGCUGAAGCCUUUCUCGUACGGGGAGGCCUUUCUGGAGAUCAAUUCGAGUUUGCUGAAGAAGUAUGCCGCGUGCGAGGACGAGGCGGGCAUGAAGAGGGUCGAGGAGGAGUGGAUGGAACGGUUGGACCGGGAGUAUACCGAGAGCAGGGAAGAGGGGGAUCCGGAUGAUUUGUGGGCCGGCGGGAACGUGAACAGGAGGAUGCCAGCGGACUCGGACGAGGACGAGGAAGGGAGCGAAAGAGAUGGAGAGGAGGACGAGGAUGAAGACGAGGAUGAGAAAGAGAAAGAGCAGGACGACGAAAGUGUAGACGGCAUCUUUCUCGGCAGCAAACCACCACCAAAAGCGCAAGGGCAACAACCAGAAGAAAGGGACCGUUUUGCACUCCCAUCAGACAGCGAAGAAGACGACGACGAUGCCGAAAUGGAAGCCAUUCGCCGCAAGAUAAUUGCCUCGAAGCCCUUCUCCAACCCCGAGCCCGACGCGAAAAAGCCACUCGAGACCGUCGCCCGACCACAACCAAAAUACAAGCCGGAUUCAGACGCCGAACCAGAUUCGGAUAACGGGUCGGAUGACGAGUUUGAUAACAUUAUUGAUGCGACACCAGUGACAGAUCGAAUGGGGCUGGCCAAGUUAGAGAAGGAGAGGGCGCGGAUCACGACAACAUCGAGAACGUUCUCAUCGGGCGGCGUGUCUGCACCCUCGAGGUGGUAGCCAGUCAUAAGAAGCAAUGCUUUUUCAAGCGCGUAUAUAAUCACGACAGCGUUUAGUAUAUUUUCAUGCCGGCGCGCGUCUGUACCAUCGAGGUUGUAAAUAGUUACAAAAUGCAAUGCUUUUUCAAGCGGGUAU